GUCAUCGUUUGACGGCGGUGCCUGACAACUGUUCAAAUGAGUAUGGAUGAUGUCAACAGAUCUCAGCGCAGAGCGCAAUUAUCUAAAAUGAUAGAAGAGAAACUGGACCUCAUCGCUAAACUCCGAAAAGAUUUGGAACAGAGGAAGAAAUCAGUAGGAAAUUCUGUGGAUGAGCAAAUUGUCGUGGCCGAGAUGGAAUAUAGGCUGGCGAAAGAAGAAAUGGCGCUCUUAACAUUACAGGAGCAGCACUGGGAGUCAGCAGCAUUGUGGGAUGCACCCCACACGCCAGACAUACAAAAAGAAGUAUGUGAGGUUCUGCAUUCGUAUAUUAUGUCAAUAAAGGAGAAAGGUGCUGUUCCAGCCUUACAUGCGAGUGAGCAUCUGGCACUGGAGAAUUCAAUUCUGAUAUCUUCACAAAGUGACAAACCAUCCAUCCCGAAAGUCGAGUGGGCACAUCAUAGCACAGAUUUGCAAAUCGGUGACAGACUUCUGGAAGUAAAUGGCCAUCUAGUGAUUGGAAAGGAUUCGAGCGAAGUGAAUCAGAUCUUAAAUGCAUCCCGUCCUGUAUGCCGCAUUGUGUUCCUGAGACCUUUGUCACUUUAUCAGCUUCUAAAGAACAAUGGCUGCAAAGAGACUUCCAACUUGAGACAUGAGCUUACAUCUGUGGUUAGCAGGCUGAAUCACAAAAUGAUAGAGAAUUCGAAGCUCACAGAACAAAACUCAAAGCUACAACACGAUUGUGAUGAUCUGAAAAUUCAGAAUCGAAAGUUGAAGCUGCAAGUUCUAUCACUUCAAAGUCUUCUGCUGUACCUGUAUCAAAUUCUGGAGAAAAACAGCUUCCAAACUGGAAAAGAAAGUGUUCAAAAUAUGCUACUUUCAGAAUGUCCAACAGUUUUUGAUACCUUGAAGAAAGCAUGCCCGGGUCAAAAUGGUUCAGGUAUUUGUACAAAUGCACUGACAGAUCUGCUGAAUAUGAAACAAAAAACAAUUCCUUGGUUGGAACUAAAUCCUAAUUCAGAUGUCAGUAAAAUGACUGGAAUCAGAAAAUCAACAGACAGUCUAUCACAAGACAGUACAGAUGAUAGGUAACACAAAUAAUCUACAUGAAUAGAAUGUUCUUUUAUCAAGUUAUUAAUCAAUUUAUCUUUUAUGAAUUAAAAAAUAAACUUAUUUAUGAAUGAAGGAUUUUUCUUUACCUAUUAGCCCAAAAGGGCUAUUAGUCUCGAAACGGCAUUUUGUGUCAGUGCACUAUUAAUGGUGUAUCACUGUUUAAAUUGUUUCCACCAAAUAUUAUUGUCCUGUAUUAUAUUUUAAUAAAUUAAAUAAUGAAAAAUCUG